CAUGACACGAUUCGGUUGGAACAAUUGCUGCGUGUCAAGAGGAGCCAAUACACGUUGACAUGCAAAGCACAGUCCGACCGCUAAAAGCGCUGAUGCCGACCCCAUCGAGCCCUGACGUCGGCGACUACUGCACCCGGCCGGUCGGUCGAAGUGAGUCCAUCGAUAGCACCGACACGUGCACAGAUUCCACGACGAGCGAGGCGGAUGGACUGGACGGCAGCGCUCGUGGCUGCGAUGACAAGGCCGUUGUUGUUCUCACCACAUCUGAGCUACAGCCGCUGGAGAACGUGGCAGAUGAAGUGGCGGCGAUGCGUCGAGCACUUCAAAACCACGACUGGGUCGUGCAGUAUGGCGCCAUCGAGACGCUCCGAAGAGCUAUUGUCCACCACACCGAGGCCACAUUGGCCUCCAUCGAUCAGGACGUGCUGCGCCGACUUCAGGACGCCACACUCAACCUUCGCUCGGCCAUGAGUAAGAACGCGCUCGCGGCACUCGCCGAGUGCUUUGAGUUUGCCCCGGACGAGUUGGCAGCGUUGGACGUCGCACCUGUCGUGGAAUCGAUCCUGAACCGAGCUGCAUGCGAGAAAAAGUUCUUGCGGGAUGCUGCCGACUGCGCCCUCGUGAAACUGGCGACGUGUGUGCCAACCCACCGCGUUCUCGCGGCCUUGGCAAGCGUCGCCAGUAGCAAAAACAACAAGCUGUGCGUCGCUGGUUGCAGCAGCACGGUGCGACCAACUCUCGAGGGCAUCGGUGGCACACGUUGGCAUGCCGUGUAGGUGCUAUGCCUGCAAACAAUGAAGGCGCGGCAGGCGACGUUGGCCGACCACGAGUCGACGAAUGUGCUCAUCCGGCAGUUGGUUGCGUUUCGCGGGGGGAAAGACGCAAAGACACGUGACGACGCGCUGGCGGCAUUGUGCGUCGUGCGAGAUCUCGUUGGCGGUGCCGACGUGUUCGAUGCGAUGGUGGCCAAAGCUGUGUCGAGCAAAGCGGUGGCAUUCAAGGUGGCGUCGGACACGAAGAUCGCGCCCAGUGGCCGACUGCGGCCAAAAGCGAGCUCCCGACCGACCGGCAGCUUGCGAGAGAACGUCCGCCUAAAUCGUGCGACUGUAGAGUAAGUUACAAAUAGCCUCCACGAUCUACACUAUGUGACGCAUGAUCUGACCAUGACCAUGCCUCCUCCGCCGCGUCGCUGCCGUGACGCCGAUCUUCUGCUCGUGGGAUGGCCUGGAUCUCAUGACGGUCGAUGGGUGGGUCGCCCCCGCACCUGGCUGCGAAUUCGUUGAACCCAACCACGUACCACCCAAACUUGAAGAGACUGUUUGCUUGAACGGCUCAGCAUACCGCCGUAAAAGGUGACACGACCACUGGCCACAUCACGUGGGUCUUGCUAUACAACCACGACCGCUUGGCGCGCCUGGUUGCGCGCCGGCGCGCGGCAGGCCGAGUGUUUUUGUUGGCGUUGUUGGGGCAGAGGUGGCCAGCGACAAAUUCCUCGAAUCUUGUAUCUCUGCCAGCCCACCGUCCCAGGUUUUCUCUUGCAUUUUGUAUACGCCUUGCUUCCGUGUCAGAUGCCGGAUUGCGUAUAAUACACAUACCAUCAUCCGUGCUUCAUAAAACAAUCAAGACUAAACGUGG